UCCGACGGCGGCGCUGGCAACCUGGGAUGGCGUUCCGGAGAGGCGGCGGGGGGCGACGGCGCUGGGGAGCGGAGGCCCCCGCGGAAGUAGGGGAAGGGGAGGCGCCGCCGCCGCCGCGCGGGGAUGACAGCUCUUCACUCUCCGCAAAGAAACGCUUGGAGCGCAGCCACUGGACAGACGCGAUCGAUGCCCAGUUUGGCUUUGAGAGGGUGAAGGAACCCGCUGAGAGGACAGGCUGGCUGAUCAACAUGCACCCGACGGAGGUUUUGGAUGAGGAUAAACGCCUGGUCAGUGCUGUGGAUUACUAUUUCAUUCAGGAGGAUGGCAGUCGAUUUAAGGUGGCAUUGCCCUAUAAGCCGUACUUCUAUAUUGCAACCCAAAAGGAUUGUGACCGAGAAGUGUCCUCCUUUCUUUCCAAGAAGUUCCAAGGUAAAAUAGCAAAGCUGGAAACUGUACCCAAAGAAGAUCUGGACCUGCCAAAUCACCUGGUUGGGUUAAAGCGCAACUACAUCAAGCUCUCUUUCAACACAGUGGAUGAUCUGGUAAAGGUACGCAAAGAAAUCACACCUGCUGUAAAGAAGAACAGAGAACGGGACCAAUCUGUGGACGCUUACACCACCAUGUUAGCCAGCGCUCUUGCUGGGAGCAGCCUGACCAGUAAGGAAGAGGAGCCCUCCAAGAAGACUGCAGACCAGAUGGACAAUAUAGUGGACAUGCGGGAAUAUGAUGUACCCUAUCAUAUUCGCCUGUCUAUUGAUCUGAAGAUCCAUGUGGCUCACUGGUACAACGUUCGCUACCGGGGCAGCAGCUUUCCUCCUGAAAUCACUCGCCGAGAUGACCUGGUAGAACGGCCAGAUCCUGUCGUUCUGGCCUUUGACAUUGAGACCACCAAACUCCCUUUGAAAUUUCCGGAUGCAGAGACGGAUCAGAUCAUGAUGAUCUCCUACAUGAUUGAUGGCCAGGGUUACUUGAUCACCAACAGGGAGAUAGUUUCGGAAGACAUUGAAGAUUUUGAGUUCACUCCCAAACCAGAGUAUGAGGGUCCCUUCUGUGUUUUUAAUGAACCAGAUGAGGCCCAUCUUAUCCAGCGGUGGUUUGAGCAUGUUCAGGAAACCAAGCCAACAAUCAUGGUGACUUACAACGGAGACUUCUUUGACUGGCCCUUUGUGGAAGCCAGAGCUGCUGCUCACGGAAUGAAUAUGCAGAAGGAGAUUGGGUUCCAGAAGGAUAGUCAGGGUGAAUACAAAUCAUCUCAGUGUAUCCACAUGGAUUGUCUCAGGUGGGUCAAAAGAGACAGCUAUCUUCCGGUGGGAAGCCACAACCUGAAAGCGGCAGCCAAAGCAAAGCUGGGUUAUGACCCUGUGGAGCUAGACCCUGAAGAGAUGUGCCGGAUGGCUACUGAAGAGCCACAGAUUCUGGCCACCUAUUCAGUGUCUGAUGCUGUUGCUACCUAUUACAUGUACAUGAAAUACGUGCAUCCUUUCAUCUUUGCCUUGUGCACCAUCAUCCCAAUGGAGCCUGAUGAAGUGCUACGAAAGGGAUCAGGGACUCUCUGUGAGGCGCUGCUCAUGGUUCAGGCCUAUCAUGCCAACAUCAUCUUCCCCAAUAAACAAGAGCAGGAGUUCAAUAAGCUUACCGAGGAUGGGCACGUGCUGGACUCAGAGACAUACGUUGGGGGCCAUGUGGAAGCACUGGAGUCGGGGGUCUUUCGCAGUGACAUCCCCUGCCGCUUUAGGAUGAAUCCUGCUGCCUUUGACUUCCUCCUGCAGCGUGUGGAGAAGACACUGCGUCAUGCCAUUGAGGAGGAGGAGGGAAUACCACUAGAUCAAGUGACCAACUUCCAAGAUGUUUGUAACGAAAUCAAGAUUAAGCUGAAUUCCCUAAAGGAUGUUCCCAACCGAAUUGAGUGUCCACUGAUCUACCAUCUGGAUGUGGGGGCCAUGUACCCAAAUAUUAUCCUGACCAAUAGGUUGCAGCCUUCAGCAAUGGUGGAUGAAGCUACAUGUGCUGCCUGUGACUUUAACAAGCCAGGUGCGAACUGUCAACGGAGAAUGACUUGGCAGUGGAGAGGAGAAUUCAUGCCUGCAUCCCGCAGCGAGUACCACCGCAUCCAGCAACAGCUGGAGUCUGAGAAGUUCCCCUCUCUCUUCCCGGAAGGGGCGCCCCGGGCUUUCCAUGAGCUGACCCGAGAGGAGCAAGCCAAAUAUGAGAAAAAGCGCUUGGCAGAUUACUGCCGCAAGGCCUACAAGAAGAUCCAUGUGACUAAGGUGGAGGAGCGGAUCACCACCAUCUGCCAGCGAGAAAACUCCUUCUAUGUGGAUACUGUGCGGGCCUUUCGGGACCGGCGCUAUGAGUUCAAGGGGCUCCACAAGGUGUGGAAGAAGAAGCUGGCUGCAGCCAUGGAGAUGGGAGAUGCGUCGGAAGUGAAGCGUUGCAAGAACAUGGAGAUUCUGUAUGAUUCGCUGCAGCUGGCACACAAGUGCAUCCUCAACUCCUUUUAUGGAUAUGUCAUGCGCAAAGGAGCUCGGUGGUACUCCAUGGAAAUGGCUGGCAUUGUCUGCUUCACAGGUGCAAACAUUAUCACACAGGCCAGGGAGCUGAUAGAGCAGAUUGGGAGGCCCUUGGAACUAGACACAGAUGGCAUCUGGUGUGUGCUUCCAAACACUUUCCCAGAAAACUUUGUCAUCAAAUCAACAAAUGCCAAGAAGCCCAAGGUGACAAUCUCCUAUCCAGGUGCAAUGUUGAACAUCAUGGUGAAGGAAGGGUUUACAAAUGACCAGUACCAGGAGCUGGUGGACCCAGCCGUGCUCAAGUAUGUUUGCCGCUCAGAGAAUAGCAUCUUCUUUGAAGUGGAUGGACCAUAUCUGGCUAUGAUUCUACCAGCCUCCAAGGAGGAGGGCAAGAAGCUGAAGAAAAGGUAUGCCGUGUUUAAUGAGGAUGGCUCUUUAGCUGAAUUGAAGGGGUUUGAAGUGAAGCGGCGCGGGGAGCUUCAGCUGGUGAAGAUCUUUCAGUCAUCAGUGUUUGAGGCCUUCCUGAAGGGCACCACUUUGGAAGAGGUCUACGCUUCGGUUGCCAAAGUAGCAGACUACUGGCUUGACGUGCUUUACAGCAAGGCUGCCAAUAUGCCUGACUCAGAGCUUUUUGAGCUGAUCUCUGAGAACCGAUCCAUGUCCCGCAGACUGGAGGAUUAUGGGGAACAGAAAUCCACCUCUAUCAGCACAGCUAAGCGUCUGGCCGAGUUCCUUGGGGACCAGAUGGUAAAGGAUGCGGGACUGAGCUGCCGAUUUAUCAUCUCUAAGAAGCCAGAAGGAGCUCCAGUCACUGAGAGAGCCAUCCCACUAGCCAUUUUCCAGGCUGAGCUUUCAGUACGCAGGCACUAUCUCCGGAAAUGGCUGAAGAGCCCCUCCCUGCAGGAUUUUGACAUCCGAACGAUCCUGGAUUGGGACUAUUACAUUGAGAGACUGGGUAGCACAAUCCAAAAAAUUAUCACUAUUCCAGCAGCACUGCAGCAGGUGAAGAACCCUGUGCCUCGUGUCCACCAUCCUGACUGGCUGCACAAGAAGCUCUUGGAGAAGAACGAUGUGUACAAGCAGAAGAAAAUCAGUGAACUGUUCACAAGCGAGGGCAAGAAGCAGGUCUAUGCUAACCUACCCCAAGAGGACACCCCUUGUACACAGGUCACAGAUAUAGAAGAUUUUGGGGUCACCAAACCUCUCCAGCCAGGAGUCCCUGUGUCAAGCAAACGUAAGCGGAUUCCCACAGCAGAAGAGAGCCAGCAGCAGUCCCAGAAUCUGGAACUCACCCAGUCCUGGAGGGAGAUCCUGGGCCCACCACCACCCAUUGGCACCACCAAGGAGGAGCGCCUAGUCUGGCUGUGCUUCCACAAGAAGAAGUGGGAACUUCAGGCCCGUCAGCGCCAGGAGCGCCGCAAGAGGCGGAGGUUGGCUGAUGGCGAAGUGGUCCUGAGUGGGGGACUGAUCCGUGCCGGCCCCUCUAAGGGGCUCAGCAAUUACUUGCUCAGGACUGCGCGGAGCAUCCUCGACAUGCCGUGGCAGAUAGUGCAGAUUGCCGAGACCCACCAGCAAGGCCUCUUUAAGCUGUGGGCUGUGAUUGGAAAUGACCUGCAUUGUCUCAAGCUGAACAUCCCCCGAGUCUUCUAUGUCAACCAGCGUGUCCCCAAACCUGAAGAGGGCACGGACUAUAGGAAGGUGAACAGAAUUCUUCCUCGUUCCAACUUAGUCUACAACCUCUACGAAUAUUCUGUGCCUGAGGAUAUGUACCAGGAGCACAUCAAUGAAAUUAAUGCCAGUCUCUCUGCCCCAGAUAUUGAGGGGGUGUAUGAAACCCAGGUGCCAUUAUUGCUGCGGGCUUUGAUCUGCUUGGGCUGCGUCUGCAUGGUUAACAAGCAUUUGGUGAGACACCUCACCGGCCGAGAGGCUGAGACCUUCGACCUCGAACACCUAGAGAUGCGCUCUUUGGCUCAGUUCAGUUACCUGGAACCAGGCAGCAUCCGGCACAUCUACCUUUAUCACCAUUCCCAAGGCAACAAGGCCCUGUUUGGCCUCUUCAUCCCAUCUCAGCGCAAAGCAUCUGUCUUUGUACUUGACACAGUCCGGAGUAACCAGAUGCCCAACCUCACCAACAUGUACUCAGUGGAGCACAAUGCAAUGGUGGAGAAGGUGGGCCAAGAGCUUCUUCCACCCAAUAAGCACACCUUUGAAGUACGAGCAGAGACGGACCGCAAAACAGUCUGCAGGGCAAUCCAGCGCCUCCUGCUAGCAUACAAGGAUGAGCGCAGGGGGCCCACCCUCAUCGCUGUGCAGUCUAACUGGGAUUUGAAGAGGCUGGCCAGUGGCAUGCCUGUCUUUGAGGAGUUCCCGCUGGUUCCUGUCCAGGUAGCUGAUGACAUCAACUAUGGUGUCCUGGACUGGCAGCGCCACGCUGCCCGACACAUGAUCCGUCGCUACCUCAACUUGGACACAUGCCUGUCUCAAGCCUUUGACAUGAGCAGGUACUACCACAUCCCUAUCGGGAACCUGCCCGACGACGUCUCCACCUUUGGGACAGACCUGUUCUUCUCUCGCCACCUCCACCGCCACAACCACCUCCUGUGGCUUUCGCCCACCUCCCGUCCUGAUCUGGGCGGCAAGGAGGCAGAUGACAGUCGCCUGGUCAUGGAAUUUGAUGAGAAGGUCUCUGUUGAGAUCAAUCACCCAGGCUGCUAUUCCACAGUGUGUGUAGAACUGGAUCUCCAGAGCCUUGCUGUGAACACCAUCUUGCAGUCCCAUCACGUCAAUGACAUGGAGGGGGCCUCCAGCAUGUGCAUCAGCUUUGACGUGAUUCAGCAGGCAUCGCUGGAGGACAUGGUCACAGGGAACCAGGCCACCAAUGUCCCCGCCAGCUACGAUGAAGCAGCCCUUUGCUCCAACACUUUCAGGAUCUUGAAAAGUGUGGUGGUGGGCUGGGUGAAAGAGAUCACGCAGUACCACAAUGUCUAUGCUGACAACCAGGUGAUUCAUUUCUACCGCUGGCUGCGCUCCCCAACCUCACUGCUCUAUGAUCCAGCAUUGCACCGCAUGCUACACAAUAUGAUGAAGAAGCUCUUCCUGCAACUAGUGGCAGAGUUCAAACGCCUUGGCUCUGCAGUGAUUUAUGCUAACUUCAACCGCAUCAUCCUAUGCACCAAGAAACGCAACAUUGGUGACGCCCUUGCCUACGUGGAAUACAUCACCAAAAGCAUCCACUCGAAGGAAAUCUUCCACUCGUUGACUAUUUCCUUCUCACGCUGCUGGGAGUUCUUGCUUUGGAUGGACCCAGCCAAUUACGGUGGGAUCAAGGGCAAAGUACCAUCCCAGAUCCACUACGGGGAGGAGACAAACAGCAAGAAGACAGUAGAUGUAGAAGGCAGUGAGGAGGAGGAGGAGGAAGAGGAGGAAGAAGAGGACAAGGAAGAAGGAACAGGAGAAGAUGGUGUGGAGGAGCUGCUGGAGAACAACUGGAACAUAGUGCAAUACCUACCCCAGGCUGCCUCCUGUCAGACUUACUUCCUCAUGAUUGUGUCUGCCUACAUUGUUGCAGUCUACCACAGCAUGAAGGAGGAAAUGGAGCGUAAUGGCCCUGGAAGCACACCCAUCAAGAGACGCACAAAUAGCCAGGUCUCCCAGGAGCCUGUGGGGGAGAAGGGUGCCAUGUCAGGCAUGAUCGCAUUCUCUCAGGAGUAUGUCUCCAAUGAGCUCACCCAGAGCUUCUUCACCAUCACCCAGAAGAUCCAGAAGAAAGUGAGUGGCUCUAGGCGCACCACAGAGCCCUCAGAAAUGUUCCCAGCCCUGCCUGGCUCAUACCUGAUGCUCAACAAUCCAGCACUGGAGUUUGUGAAAUCUGUCUGCCAGGUAUUGUCUCUGGAUACCAAUGUCACCAACCAGGUGAGCAAGCUGAAGCGAGACCUGCUUCGCCUCAUCGAAGUGGGAGAAUUCUCCGAAGAGGCUCAGUUUCAGGAUCCUUGUCGCUCCUACAUCCUCCCAGAGAUGAUCUGCAAGAACUGUAACUUCUGCAGAGACCUGGAUCUCUGCAAGGACCCGGUCUUCUCUCAGGAUGGCUCAGUGCUGCCUAACUGGGCAUGCUCCAAUUGCCAGGCUCAGUAUGACUCAGACGCUAUUGAGAUGGCCCUGAUGGAAGCCCUUCAGAAGAAGCUGAUGGCCUUUACCCUUCAAGAUCUGGUGUGUCUGAAGUGCAAAGGCAUCAAGGACACCCACAUGCCUGUGUACUGCAGCUGCGCUGGAGACUUUGACCUCCUCUUGCCCACCAAGACCUUCCUGGAGCAGCUGAAGGUCUUCCAGAGCAUUGCCCAGCACUACAACAUGUCCUACCUGUUGGAGAACAUUAAAUGGCUGCUGCAGAUGAACCCUCAGCUGCCUUUGUGAGAGCACCCUGUGCUGUUGGGCAAGGUUGGUGCUACCCUGAAUGGGCACUGCAUGUUGCACCUUCAGUUUUGUGACCUCGGCACCCCUGCCAUGUGGUCCUGAGACAAAAAGGGCUCCAGAUACAAGGCUUGUUCUGUACUGCAGGGAAGUACAAGAAAUGUGUGUAGUGCUUUGGACUGAAAGACUUCUGGAGAGAAGGUGCAAUGUUGCUAUUGGAUGCCCUUUCUCCUAAAAGCAGCCCAGAUGCAAACACAUGUGAACACACAACCACGCUUGCCCCUUUUUUUAAGGGACUGUGGGAGGAAAGUGCGACCUAAACCUUUCAUAUAGGGCUGUUUUUUUGCCCAAAUUUUAUUAUGUUUUUAUUUUGGACAUUUUCCACCCCCAAAAAAUGCUGUAAAUAAAUGUUUUUACACAGCUGUUAGCUGUCAGUGUGUCUGACACAAACCGUGCUAUCUGGGUUCCAGUGUGUCUCGACCCUUUCCUGCUGUGCUGUUUGCAGUAUUGUCCCUCUGAGAUCUCCUUCCUCUCCCCAGUGAAGAAGGAACAGGCAGACAGAGUGACAGCUAUCAAUCCCUUGGGCUUUUAUAAAACCAGGAGUCUUCCAUGCCUGUGCAGUAACCUCCAUGGGCUGAGCAACAGUGGUGGUUGCAUGCUGGUUUUGAGGCUGUGGCAACAGCAGAUAAGCAUCCCAGGCAAAAGCUAGACAAACUUUAUUUGAAACUAUUUAUUUUUUAAAAAGAAAAUCACUUGGAGGAGGAGAGCUGUGGCUUCGUAAAAUGUUUUUGUGUUUGUGUGUAUGUCUAAUAAAAAUUAU